GGAGAUAGAGCGGGAUGUGAACCGCACCUUCCCCAACCACCGGCUGUUCCAGGAGGAGAGGGGUGCCGGCCAGCAGUCCCUCUUCAACGUCAUCAAAGCCUACUCUGUGUUGGACAAGGAGGUCGGCUACUGCCAGGGAAUGGGGUUCAUAGCAGCAACGCUGCUGAUGAGCAUGGGCGAGGAGCAUGCCUUCACGUGCCUUGUCUUUCUCAUGUACCGCUGCGGCCUGCGCGGGGUCUUCCUGCCCGACAUGCAGCAGCUGCAAGUGCGCAUGUACCAGCUCACCCAGCUGCUCAUCCACACUCUGCCACGCGUGCAUGCCUUCUUUGAACACCUCGACAUCAAACCCGUGAUGUACGCGGCAGACUGGUUCCUGACUCUCUUCGCGCGCACCAUGCCUCACUACCUCGUCUUCCGCGUCUUCGACAUCAUCCUUG